GGCCGCUGGGCCGCUGGCGGGGGAGCGGGGCGGCCUGGGGCCCACUCCGGACCGGGGGCCGUGCCCUCUCGGCCCCAACCUUCCCCAGCAAGGCGGCGGCCGCCCGGUGCAGGCCGAGCCGGGGAGGAAGCCGCUCCACCGGGGCUGGUGGCUCCGGUGUCACCCUGACCCCCACGGUAGCGUUGCCAGCUGGGUUUAGCCGGCGACGAAACGGCUUCUUUCCCCGCCCUGCGGCCGCCGCCCGGCCCCGUAAUCGGCUCGGCGUGAAGCAGCUGCUUUGGGUCGGAUCCGUCGUUUGAAAUGUGGAGAGCUGCAGCCGGCCGGCAGGCAGCUGCCCGUCUGCGUGGGAUGAGCUGCCCGCUGCCCUGCGUCCUGCUUGUACUCAUGGGACUGCUCUUCGCCAGAACGAUGGCCUGGACUUCGAGCGGGAAAACCCACCCGGAGCUAGUCAACAACCUCUACAAAAAAGGGAUAAUUAAAUCCCAGCGAGUCUUUGAUGUGCUCUUGGCUACUGACAGAGGUCACUACAUCAAAUAUUUCCCGUACAUGGAUUCCCCCCAGUCUAUCGGAUACAAGGCUACAAUCAGUGCACCGCAUAUGCAUGCCCAUGCACUGGAAUUGCUAAAGGAUCAGCUUGUGGAAGGUGCAAAAGCGCUGGAUGUUGGAUCUGGAAGUGGAUAUCUUACAGCUUGCUUUGCCAGGAUGAUGGGCCCAACAGGGAAAGCGGUGGGCGUAGAGCACAUUAAAGAGCUGGUACAUGAAUCCAUCAGAAACGUCCAAGAAGAUGAUCCAACUUUGCUCAGCUCUGGCCGUGUAAAGCUUGUGGUUGGAGAUGGCAGGCAGGGAUACCCCGAAGAGGCUCCUUAUGAUGCCAUUCAUGUUGGAGCAGCAGCAGCAACUGUACCAAAGGAGUUGCUGAAUGAAUUGAAGCCAGGAGGUCGGUUAAUAUUGCCUGUCGGUCCCGAAGGUGCAAACCAAGUUCUGAUGCAGUACGACAAAACCAGCGACGGGCAGAUCAUCGAAACGCAACUGAUGGGUGUGAUCUAUGUUCCUCUGACAGAUAAGGAAAAGCAGUGGCCUCGGGAUGAAUUCUGACAGAUGGAUGGAUAUCUCUAAAGUGACCUCAGAAAGCUCAUGAAUGGGACUUUUAACUGUAGAUGGUCUGUAUGGUUUUGCUUUUUGAAUGGAAGCUUUAUCAGCGGACAUGCUUGCAGAGGCAAGUUCUGCUUUAGCAGAGCUCGCUACGGAGGGAUGGAGAAAAGGGUGUUUCUCCAGGAGCAGGGGCAGGCUCUCGGAGGCCGUGUCUGGUUCUGGGCAGUGAAUGGAUCCAGCUGUCCUCUCUGAUAAGCUGUAGAUAACAUCUAUUCACAGAGAAUUCCAAAAGCAGACGGGAAUACUUAAACCUUCACUAAAAACACUCUUUAA